CUGAGCUAUGUCACACUGCUGAAGGAAUCAGUAUGGACUUUACACAAGGUCCAUUUUACCUUCAUUCCAAUGGCUCCCCAGAAGAAAAGAAUCAACGGGAGGCAAAGUCACAGGAUUCAUUGUCACAAUUUGGUACAAAAUUACUAAGCUUUCCUGAGCCAAAUGCUGUGGUCAGCAACGAACCCCUUAGGCUACAUACCAAAGGGAAGGAACCUGCAGAAAACCGUCAUUGCGAAGGUAGUUCCAGGAUACAUGGAGAUGCUUUUCCUCUUCGGAUCCAAGCAGAUCGACCACAAAGAGUGAAAAAAGACUUUGUGGCAAGAAACAAACGGACUUUAGGAUUACGUUCAGAGAUUGAUUCCUAUCUUCAGUUACACACCAGAAGGCAAGAGGUUCUUCAAAAGCAGAUUCACCCACUUAAGUCCUGCCAGAGAAAUAACGUAAAAUCCAACCAGAGACUCAAAGGGAGAGCUAUCCCAAGGAAUGACAGCCAGCAACAGCCAGGAAGACCAGCAGAACUGAGGCCUUGGCACCACCAAAUACCAGGAUCUCAGAUUUCUCCCACACAGGCAGUAGAGCAAGACGACGGCAGCACACUGCAGGAGUGUCUGUAUCCAAGUCCUUCUGUUGGCCCUGACACUAAUACAGCAGUAAAUUCAGAUACUUGCUUAAACAGUUUCCCACUUUCAAGACAUCUUGUCAAUCAGGAUUUUACCACCUGUACCUAUCCUUUCCCUCCGAAAUCACACACAUUCAACCCAGCAGAGGUUAUAUCUCCAGCCUAUACCAGCAAGGAGAACUGGAAAUAUCAGCAUAAUUGUCCAAAUGGAUUUCCACGAGGCCAGCAACACCUACAAAACCAUGCCACUGUGAAGCUGCUUGCAAGAGAUAACAGUACCAAUGGUCAAGCACAUCCAAACCAGAGGAAUAUUUCAUCUACUUUUAAUGCCAAUUUUCAAGAAUUGGUGAAGGAUCAAGAGUCGCUUCAGGAUUGCAAAAGACACAUUUGUGUGGAUAAAAGGCUGCCUCAAUCUUCUAUUCACAGUUCAGCAGCAGCCCCUUGUACAACCUCCCAGUUCGCACCAACGAUGGAGCAAUAUCACCAAGAUACUCAUUUGACAGAAGCCCACUUAGCUGACAGGCACUUCUUCAGCCUACUUCCACCCAUAAACCCACAGGCAGAAAGUGUUUCAGAGAUAGAUCCACAGAGUGUUAAAGGAAAUCAAGUGAAAAAACCCCAGAGCAACUCAGAAGAAUCUCUCAUGCAGAUGGAAAAGCAAAACCAACCUAAAGUCAGCAAGAAGCCAUGUACCUCAAAAGCCUACAUAAAUCUGAAUGUGAAGCUUGGAGGCCUUGGACCUGACUAUGAGGCAAUCAAAGAGAAAAAAGAGAAGUUGAAGCAACAAAAAGAAUAUGCAAAGCAGAUUAAGGAACGCAACAUGAGAAGCAUUGCUUCAGCUCAGAGGUUACCUACAAAACCCGAGGUUGUAACUUCAGUGUCAAGACAGAAGGCACUGGAAUAUGCUAAGAAGAUUCCUAGACCAAAGACUUUCACAACAAAACAAUCAGCUGAAAAGGUGAAGGAAAAAACAGUUCUGCCACAGACUUUAAAUGAAGACACUCUGCCUCAAAUUGCAUUCUUGCAAACUUUGAAUGACAGACACCAGAAGGAGAAGCAAGUUGUAGCUGCUUUCAAAAACCUUCAUAUCUUACAAGUGUUUUGAAAUUACUUGGGGUAUCUUCAAGGCUAAGAUGCCUUAACCAUUUAGUUAUGAGCUAUGAGCAUCACGUAUGAUUUCCCGUCCCAUUCUUUUAGACUAAUCACCUGUUGGCUUGUCACAGCCGGAGCAUUUUUAGGCAUUUCAAACAUAUAGGUGUAUUUACAAAUCUUUACCAAUAAAUAUCAGUUUCACUUGA